UGGAGGAGAAACGGGUUCGCGCGUCCUACUUGCAGUGUAGUGCGGAGCGUUUAGGCGACCUGGUCUGGUUUCUUGUGGGAAGGCGUGCCCCCUGGUACUUGGCCAGCCGCGGCCUUGAGGGCCGUUGGGGUCUCAGAUUUGGUCUGCUUUUACUGGUAUAAGAGCUCGCGGCGGGCUGCGCAGCGCCCUGACCCAUCCUCACCAUGUUGGUGCUGUUUGAAACGUCCGUGGGAUACGCCAUCUUUAAGGUUUUGAAUGAAAAGAAACUUCAGGAGGUUGAUAGUUUGUGGAAAGAAUUUGAAACUCCAGAGAAAGCAAAUAAAAUAGUAAAGCUGAAACAUUUUGAGAAAUUUCAGGAUACAGCAGAGGCAUUGGCAGCAUUCACAGCUCUGAUGGAGGGCAAAAUCAAUAAGCAGCUGAAGAAAGUUCUGAAGAAAAUAGUUAAAGAAGCCCAUGAACCCCUGGCUGUAGCUGAUGCUAAACUAGGAGGCGUCAUAAAGGAAAAGUUGAAUCUCAGUUGUAUCCAUAGCCCUCUUGUUAACGAACUCAUGAGAGGAAUCCGUUCACAGAUGGAUGGAUUAAUCCCUGGGGUAGAACCGCGUGAAAUGGCAGCCAUGUGUCUUGGGUUGGCACACAGCUUGUCCCGAUAUAGGUUGAAAUUUAGUGCUGAUAAAGUGGACACAAUGAUUGUUCAGGCAAUUUCCCUCUUAGAUGACUUAGAUAAAGAACUAAACAACUACAUUAUGCGUUGUAGAGAAUGGUAUGGCUGGCAUUUCCCUGAAUUAGGAAAAAUUAUUUCAGAUAAUUUGACAUACUGCAAGUGUUUACAGAAAGUUGGCGAUAGGAAGAAUUAUGCCUCAGCCAAACUUUCUGAAUUACUGACAGAGGAGGUUGAAGCAGAAGUGAAAGCAGCUGCAGAGAUAUCUAUGGGAACAGAGGUUUCAGAAGAAGAUAUUUGCAACAUUCUGCAUCUCUGCACUCAGGUGAUUGAAAUCUCUGAAUAUAGAACCCAGCUCUAUGAGUAUCUGCAAAAUCGGAUGAUGGCCAUUGCACCCAAUGUUACAGUCAUGGUUGGGGAAUUAGUGGGAGCACGGCUUAUUGCUCAUGCAGGUUCUCUUUUGAAUUUGGCCAAACAUGCAGCUUCUACAGUUCAGAUUCUUGGAGCAGAAAAGGCACUCUUCAGAGCCCUCAAGUCUAGACGAGAUACCCCUAAGUAUGGUCUCAUUUAUCAUGCUUCCCUUGUAGGCCAGACAAGUCCCAAACACAAAGGAAAGAUUUCUCGGAUGCUGGCUGCCAAAACUGUUUUGGCCAUCCGGUAUGAUGCUUUUGGUGAAGAUUCCAGUUCUGCGAUGGGAGUUGAGAACAGAGCCAAGUUAGAGGCCAGGUUGAGAACCUUGGAAGAUAGAGGGAUACGGAAAAUAAGUGGAACAGGAAAGGCAUUAGCAAAAGCAGAAAAAUAUGAACAUAAAAGUGAAGUGAAGACUUAUGAUCCUUCUGGUGACUCCACACUGCCAACCUAUUCCAAAAAACGCAAAAUUGAACAGGUGGACAAAGAGGAUGAAGUUAUUGAAAAGAAGGCCAAAAAAGCCAAGGUUAAAAUUAAAGCUUAGUGGUCAGAAGUACUGUCAGCAGUAUGGAUUUAUGCCCUGGGUGAAGAAAGCAUAAACAAGGUACUUAACUCCUGUGUUCCUCUUUCCUUACUGGACAAUGAGAUCCCUAAACUCAUUACUAGCAUUUGAAACACCCAACUCCAGAUUUGAUUCUUCACAUGUAUGUUCAUUAAGCUUUUCUGAUUUAUUUAUUAUUUAUUUAAUCUAUCUAUCUAUUGGCUGCGCUGGGUCUUCAGUGUGGCACACAAGUUCUUUGUUGCAGCUUGAAGCCUCGGUAGUUGUGGUGCUCAGGCUUAAUUGCCCCAUAGCAUGUGAGAUCUUAGUUUCCCCAACCAGGGAUCAACCUGUGUGCCCUGCAUUGGAAGCUGGAUUCUUAACCACUGGACCACCAGAGAAGUCCCUCGUUAAGCUUUUCACACUUAACAUUCCUAGAUACUUGCCACUCCCAAUCUGUUGUUCCAUAAUAUUCUCCAUCUUAUAAAUAGCAAUCCUAGUUACUUUGACCUUUAACAUUGACUUUUCUUAUAACUCAAGCCUGUACUCAAGCCUGUUCUGGCAGCAGAUCCUCUUAAUUCUACUUUGAAAGUGUAUCUAGAACCUAACCACUUACCAUAUGCAUCACUGCCAUUCUUAAUAUAGCAGCUUCAGUGGCACCCCCGUUAGCUCUCUGAUCUAAUUCUACUCCUUGCUCACUCUGCUCCAGCUACACUGGCCUCCUUGCUAUUCCAUGAACCUGCCAACUCUCCUUCUCUCCUAAAAUAACCGUAGCAUUUGCUCUUCUUUUUACCUGGAAUAUUUUCCCUCAGUAGAUGCUUCACUUCCUUCCCUCUUUUAGAUAUUUGCCUGCCUGUCCUAUCUAAAAUGUCCACAUGGGGACUAAGAAUCCUCUUGCCAGUGUAAGGGACAUGAGUUCAAUCCCUGGUCCAAGAAGAUCCCACAUGCCGCAGAGCAGCUGAGCCCAUGUGCGACAACUACUGAAGUGCCUGCGCCUAGAGCAUGUGCUCUGCAACAGGAGAAGCCAAAGCAGUGAAGAGCCUGCCCUCCACUCGCCGCAACUAGAGAAAGCCCAUGUGCAGCAGUGAAGACCCAAUGUAGCCCAUUAAUUAAUUUUUCAAAAUAAAAAUAGAAUUAAAUGUUCAUAUGUAUUGCCCUCCUAGAUGUUCCUCUUCCUUCUUUAUUUUUAUCCUUAGGAAUGUUUACUGUGUAAAAUAUUUUAUAGCAUUUCUUUCCUUCUCUUUUUUUUUGUGUGUGUGUGGGGGGGUGUCUCCAUUCUACUAAAGUAAAGGAUUCAUAAGGGCAGGAAUUUUUGUCUGUGUUGUACCUUGCUAUAUCUCCAGUUGUCUAGGAUAAGCCCUGGCAUAUAGUAGGUACUAAAUAAGUAUUUGGUCAGUGAUUUUUUUUUUUUAAUACAUUUAUUUAUUGGCUGCGUUGGGUCUUCAUUGCAGUGUGUGAGCUUUCUCUAGUUGCGGUGAACAGGGGCGUCUUUGUUGUGGUGCUUGGGCUUCUCAUUGGGAGGCUUCUCUUGUUUUGGAUCACGGGCUCUAGGUGUGAGGGCUUCAGUAGUUGUGGCAUGCAAGCUCAGUACUUGUGGCACACAGGCUUAGUUGCUCCACAGCAUGUGGGAUCUUCCCAGAACAGGGCUCGAACCCAUGUCCCCUGCAUUAGCAGGCAGAUUCUUAACCACUGUGCCACCAGGGAAGUGUCCCUGGUCAGUGAAUUUCUAAUGAUCGCUACCCAUUAUUGAGUCCUCAUUCUAAUGUGCUGAGCAUUUAAGCUAAAUAUUUUGCAUAAGUUUUCAUGUGUUAAAUUGUUAAAUCCUAGAAACAGUCCAAUGAGAUAGAUGUUACUAAAUUUUAUAAGGAUGAGGAGGUUGAGUUUAUAGAGGUUAUUAAAUGACUUACUCAUCAUUUCAACAGGUUGAAUAAACCCAGGUCUCCUAGCUCCAAACACUUAAUCAUUUCUAAUAUAAUUGACUAGUCAUGAUCAUGAGAAAUGUACAUCUCUGAGCUUUAUAUCAUUUGUAAAGUUAGUAGUAUUAUACUAGGUAAAUAUUUGAAGGAGCUUUGCAGUUAUAAAAUUAUUUAAUAAAUAUUGGAUAGUUGACCAGAAUGACAGGAAAAAACUAAGACUCUCAAAGGGGUUUUGAGGGAGAGAAGUCUGACACAGUGUUAAUUGUAGUAUCUUUA